AUGGCAAGUCCCGGGGGUCUGAACCCGCCGGAGGAUGACAUUGACGAGUACCCGGUGGAGCGGAUCUUGGCUUCACGAACUAUAGACCGAACAUCUCAGUACCUUGUGAAAUGGGAGGGCUACCCGGAUGAAGAAUGUACCUGGGAGCCUGAAGAGAACUUCGGCGAGGAGACCCUGGCUGAAUGGCAAUCCCAGAGGGCCAACGGUAACCACCCCAGCGAAGCCGAAGUCGCGGAAGUGGAGGCCAAGAUGAAGGCACUUGAGGAACAGAAACUGGCCGGAGAGACAGAUGAUUCACGUUCUGAAGACAAUACGGCCGCCAAUGAUGACAAUCUGGAGUCUGCAAUAGAGUCUACUAGCAGAAGAGUCACCCCGCCGCAAAAAGCACCCACAAGACGACAUAUGUCCUCGAUAGGUUCAAACGAGCCGUCGGCGAAGCGACCCAGGUUACAGACAACUACACAAGCGACAGAUCUGCAACUGCCUGAAAAGCUCAGUACGAAUGCUCCGUUAUCGCGCGUUCCGACGUUUGGAUCCAGGAAAGGUUUUGCACACAGGAUUCCCAAACAGGGCCCCCGCAAGACAUCGUUGAAUAACACCAAGAAAGACCAUUUCGAGCUUGGUGACCGUUUCCACAAUCUGAAGCACAUGAACAAUUACCAGAAGCGUCUUAGGCGUGAAGUCACUCCAGAUAUGUCGAAACUUGAUCUCAGGGACCCCGGCGAAUUUGAUCUGCCAAAGAGGGUCAUUGACGUUCAGCAUCAAGACAAGAGAUACGAUGAGCGCGAUGAAUCGCCUCUUUUCGUGCCUGAGACACCUUCGGACCAGACAGGCGAUGCUUUCGCUGAGAAUGAUAUCCCUCAAUCCGUUUCGGCACGCUCAGAGGAAGUCAACAGUCUGCAAGAAACAAGCGCGCUGCCGAGACUGAUAACUGCACACGCCCGACAGAAACCCUCAGAGAUCCGUACUCCACGACCAGCGUCCCCGACUGCGCCGCUCGAGACAGACCUACCACCCCCCCCAACACUGACGCAUCGCUCCCGCAGCCCGCCUCACGAUAUUUCCAAGCCCAGACUACAUGACCCUACGCGGACGCAAUUCCCUAGCUCUGCUUAUUCUGCUGUACCAAGGCGGGAAGAGAUCAUCCCCUCUCAUAAGCCAGCCUCUCAACAAGUCGCGGAAGAUGAGUCUGUGGCUACGGAAGUCGCACCUCUUUCCACCGAAUCUCAUCCUCAUAGUUCGGCUUCCGAGAUAAAACCACAGAGACCCGUCCUCGCCAGGGCUAUUUCGCAACCAACCCCUUUCACUUCCAAUAUAGCAUCGAUGGCAAGACGAGAGAAUGCCAAACCUCCAAGGCGGUAUUCUGAUGACGGAGAGAAUCAUGCUCGACCGUCAUCUAUUCCGUCUCGCGUACCGGGGGUACCAGUGCCCACUCCAACAACCGUGAGUGGACCUACUGGGAGACUAAUCACUGCUAGAAAUGGAAGGACUUGGUUCUGGGGAGAGUUGGUUGUUAUUCUAAACUAUGGCAAGCAUUCCGUCGGGCACCUCAAGGUUCUCCAUCUCCCAGGCUGGCUGGUUAGCAAAUUCGCAAAUCUCAAGCAGGGGCCUGAUUUGGUGGUUCACUUUGAAGAAAAAUGGGUCAUGACAAAAGUCCAGUUCGCCUCUUUUGCAUCCAAUCUAUCAAGUGAAAUCGGCCUGGGUGCGAUACAGCCAUACGAAGACACGGCAUCUGGCGCUGCAAGCUUGGCAGAGCACCUAGAGACGCACGAUAUUUGCGCUGUCUGGGAAUUUCCAGGACCUGCCAUCCCUGGCUUUGUGGUGGUUCUGUACUCAUGUAAGGCACCUUCGUGGGGAUUUCUCGGAGCGAGACCAGUGCCUGGGUUGGAUUCUCGUCUCCAUCUACUUGUCAAGAACAAGAAGCAUGAUGUACACCUGGGGGCCUGGCUACUGUCCCAGAAGGGAGAUGUCAAUGUCGAACCUGGAGCUCCGGCGCCGACUUCAUCGACAUCUAUUCGUAGACUUCCUCCCCAAGAAGCCGGGGCACCGAUAUUGGGAGAUUCGGGGGACUUGGUUGUGAACAAGACUGAAGAAUCGCUCGGAACAACAGUUCGUCCCAGAUCCCCGUAUUUCGGUGCACGAUCACCAAGAUCACCUCGGACACCUAGAAGUCCGAGCCGCUAUCGGCGCGACUCGUACGAACGGUUGGUUAACAACAGAGCUGACACAAUGGCGGCAGGGUCCGCCCUGGUGUUUCCAGCAAACUUCAAGGACCUAGGAUCUGGUCUGGGCGACCGCGACGACAGAAAGAAGCACAUCUUCUAUAUUGCCUUUGCAAAGUCUCAUCCCGCCGAAGCACGAGCGGUGGAGAACUGGCUUCUCAAACACGAGGUGAAGCAGCGAGCCAUCUACCUUGACGAGGAGAAAGACGCCUGGUCAGAAUUCAGGACGGAGCUUUCGUCGAAGCAGGGUAUUGUGCUCUUCCGUCAAGGGACUUGGGUUUACUACACCAUGAAGAACCUCGCCGCACACCUGUACCAGGGCAUAACGUGCUUCAACGUCUCCUUCCCUGGAGACGAAGGGUAUACCACGGACGGCGGCGAGGCUCUGGGCAGGAUCUUCACGCGGGGCACAGUCCUGUUCAUCACCGAGAGAAGCAUGCUGGACAACCCUGCCGAAGUGCUGGUUGCGAUGAAAUGGUUCGAGAAGCGAGGGAGUGGUAAGGUGCAGACACACAAGAUGGCACUCGUGCCGAACGCGAGGGAAUGGGUUCUCGCACGCCUGGCCCAGUUAGCACGCGAGGCAAAACAUCCCCCCUGUAAUAAGGAUAACGACGAGCAGCAAGCCAAGGCGACACAGGCGCAAGAGCAAGAGCACUAUCUCGGUAUGCUCGAGGUGCUGUAUCGCCUCGACGCGCAGGCGCACGCGAACUUGGACGCAGCGGCCCAGGACGACCCGGACUGGUGGCUGCUCGCGGGCGACGAGCCGGGCGAGGAGCACAGUUUCCUGGUCUCGGUCCCUUGCGAUCUCCCGGGCUACGACUACCACCACGACGACGACUACAACUACGUGGUGGGUUCGGACGGCGCCGCUGCCGCCGCUACUGCAGAGGAGUCCCCGAUGGCUCCGGACCGGGUGCAGGCGCGCGACGAGCUGCUGGUGCAGUAUUUCGUCGGAUGGGCCGCGCUGCACGUCGAACACUACAAGAACUUUUACCUUGUCGACGACCACCAGACCAACGAAACGGUCAAGGACUCGUGCCACGUCUAUUUCCGCAAGCCCGCAAAGUUUGUCGACAUGAUUGAAAAGUUGGAAAAGCAGGCCGCUUCGAGAAGGGGCUAG